GUUUGCGCUUGUUUGAAUUUCUGUACAGAAUAAAGAAAUACUACAAAAAGAAGGAAAGAUUUCACUAGAAAUAUUUUAUGAUACCAAAUAUUUUAUGAUAUGAUACUGAAGCACGUAUAUGCUAAUACUUUUUAAGAUAAAGUUUGGCGACUAAAUCUAAGUGAAGUCAAACCUUCUCAGACAUACGUUAACUCAGCAACAAACACACAUGGAGUUUGUGACGGCGUGGGGGAGAAAGAAAGAAACAGAAAAGGGUCUCUUGGAAGAGGCCAGCUCACUGGGUUUUAUCAGCAUGUGAAAGAGAGAGCAGAGAGGGUGAUGAGUACAGAUAGUGGGCAGAUGACUGAGCUGACUUAAGGAGAGAAGAUUUGAAAAAAGUAAGAUUUCGACUUUGCGGAAAAGGACGCAGAUGUGACCAGCAUUCUGACGCAGAAACAGUUCUGGUGUUUGAAAGUCUUUGAAAACAAGUGAAAACAAAAUGGAUCAAAACUCGUCGGUUCUACAGGGAACUCUAGAGGUCUCACAAGAACAGCCUCAGUCGGAAGAAUCAAAGUCACUGGUCAGGAACCAGUGUGUAAACAUCCUAUUAGCCCUUUUGGGCUUCUUCCACAUUGGUUCAAUAGCAUGGUUGUUGUUAUAUUCCCAGAUGUCUCUGACAAAUCAAGACUCUCCUACCUGUCUCUCUCCAGCGUGCAAGGGAGUUGCAGGACGUUUCUCUGCUGCAUUGGAUCCUUUUUCCCGACCCUGUGAUUACUUCAAAUUUACCUGUGCGUCAAAGGCAUCAAUAACCAGCAGAGGGAGACAACGAGGCAAGUUUAUAUUCCACAAUAGAACCAGGGAACAGGAGCAUAGGAGGAGGUCAAUUAACAAAGAAGAAAUGCUGAGACUGGCCAGAGACUCAGACUCUGAAGAAAAGCAAAAUGAACCAUUUGAGAGAUUACCAGACAGACAAACAGCUUUGCUUCAGGCAAUAAAAGAAAUUUUGGAGUCUCCUGUAGUGGGUGUGUCUGUGAACAGUGUGGAACACAAAGCCCGGAGAUUUUAUAAAACCUGUAUGGACCCCAUAGCUGCAGAGAGUGUCAGCUCAGAACGUUUUAUCACACUGAUUGAGCAGCUGGGUGGCUGGUCGGUAUCUAGGAAUUGGACUGAACCAGACUUUAAUGCUACACUGGUUCUGCUGAUGGAACAGUAUGACACCUUUCCUUUCUUUAAUGUGUAUGUGGGCCCUGACCACAGAGCAAAUCAGCCCAACAGCAGCCAGCACUACAUACAGAUUGAUCAACCAGAAUUUCAGUUCACAGUUGACUGGAACAACAAAAAACAUAAAUACCAAUCCAACCCACAGUCUUGGCGUUCAUUCUACUUGUUCUGUAAGAAACUCUUGGAGCUCUUCGAUGUUCCCUCCUUUGACAUCACUCUGCUCUGUGGCCAGUACUUGUCUCUGUGUUCCACUCUAGUCAUAGCGACCUCACCUCUUGAAUACAGACUCAGUCAAAAACUACUAUACCACAGAGUUACCAUCCAAGAACUACAGAUGCUGGCUCCAGCUAUUGACUGGCUGAGGUGUCUUAAGGCCACCCUUCACCCUGUUCCUGUCAGCCAGUCAGAUUUUGUGCUUUUGCAUAAUCUCCCUUAUCUCACCCAUAUGUCCAAGAUAGUCAGUGAAUGGAAGCUUAAACCUGACACGAUGAAAAGUGGUCCUCUCCAUAUGUAUAUGGUUCUGACCCUUCUGCAUUCACUCAUUCAUACCCUGGACUCCAAAUUCACUCAGACCUUGAAAAACAUCUCUAAUGCUAUUGGAGUGGAGGAUGUCCCACGCUGGAGAGAUUGCGUUCUGCAGACCAUAAAAGGAUUUGACAAUUGGCUCAGUCAUGCGAUCAAAGAAAAUUAUGCCCUUAAAGAGGCUGAAGAGCUUAUGCAUGACAUUUACUCAAGCUUUGAGUCCAAAGUAGCCAAUAUGAGCUGGAGAGAUGAGGAGACGCGUGAUAUUAUUUUGAAUAAGGUUAAAUCUCUCACUCCAAAACUUUCCAGCAGCACAAAACUCAUUGAUCAGCUCAAAUUCUGGAAACAGCAUUAUGCAGAGGUUGUUGUGAGUGAAAAGGACUAUUUUGCCAAUUACCUGCAGCUGCUAGCUCUUCAUCAGAAGAGGAGGAGCAGUAUUUUCUUUCAUACUGAGCAACCUGACUGGCUGUCUGUUAGUCCAUUUCUCUCUGGUAAUGACAUUAUCAUCCCAGUUGGAAUGUUUGUGCUACCUGUGUUCCAUCCUUCCUAUCCAAGAGCUAUCAAUUAUGGGAUGCUGGGAUCCUUGAUUGCAAAAGACCUUUUCCACCUGCUACUGCCUGAGAUCCUCGCACAGUCUGAGAGCCCUAGCCUGGAGAGUGCAUGUGUGUGGUCGCACUACCUUAGUCGCAGCAAGGCCCCAAGAAGGCUAGCAAAUUUUUCUCUCCCCUCACCCCAACAGAAGGAGGUGUGGAUGCAGUACUCAGCCCUCCAGGUGGCGCUACAGUCAUAUACUAAGAGUUUGCAGAGACAUUCUAUUGACACCUCUGUGUCAGGACUCUCUCACAUUCAUCUCUUUCUGUCCUCGUUUAUUCAGGCAAGCUGUGAUUCAGAGCCGUACCGUGUGUCCAUGCCCUUUGAACCCUCCUUCCUGGUGUCUGUCCUAUGUGAGACCUCUGAUAUCUGCCCUAAACCACUGAUCUGUCUGGACAGAUCUCAGGGACGUCUUCCUGAUUGGUGUUAGAUAUGAGCCACAGUGAAGCACUGAACACAGCUCACAGCAGAGCUGCAAUGUGGAAUGAAUGCUGUCAGUACUACACAAAGAUGCUGCUGCAGAGAAGGAUGCAUUCAGAUUACUGGUAUAUUUUUAAAUAUGGUGAUAAAUAACAAGCUAACAUUACAACUUAACAAGGAUCACCCCCCCCCCCCUUUUUUUUUUUAAUGGUUCUAAUUGAGUUAACGGUUCUUAUGACUGUCGUCACACUGCAACAGCAUCAGCUUCCAGUUUAGCUUAGUUUAAAAUAUGUACCGUGCGUUGAAUUCCUACCCUGAUUGUAUUUUGGGUCUUUUACUUAGUUCCCUUGCAAUUUGUGUUUCAAAACAGAAGUGAAUUUGUGAGAUAUUUCAGGUGGGAUUCAUGCCUUUUUUUGCUUUUAUUAACAAACACGACACAGUUUCAAUACUAAUAGCUUUGUGCAUCCUGAAAACUGGAUUUGCGGCAUGUGAAUACAAGAUUUGUUUAUUGCAAACACGUGAUUUUUUCUAUGAUAACACUAGAUUUGUUUUACAUGAAUACGGUAUUUCUUUCAAAGAACUAUAAAUGUUAAGUAAAAGUUAUUUUGAUCAAAUACAUUUUAUUUUCUCUUUAGUUGACUGCAAAAUCGCUGAUUACUGGAGUUUAAACAGCGUGUCACAGACUCAGAAUUUUUCUCAUGUUAUGUCCCGCAAUCGGUAUCAGAUGAUAAACAUUUUAAAACAGUCGAGUCAAUAAUCUAUCUAUGAAUAUUGUUUUAAUCGGCAUAUUCCAACAAAGCGCCACUGUAGGCUCCGUAGGUUCUGUAGGUUAUAAGAACAUGCAAUAACAACCUGUCAUAAGAACCUGGCAUAUUCAUUAAA